AUGGGAUAGAUUUCAGCUUUAUGUUGCAAAAAAGAUUAAGUCAUAAUUAUAGAAAGGAAGAUUACUUAAGAAAUAGUUGAAGCUUUUACAAUAGAUGAAGGAAAAGAAGAAUAUGAAAAAAUAUUCAAGGUCAUUAAGAUUCAGGCUUAUUACCGAGGUUAUCGAAUAAGGAAAAUGAUGAAAUUAGAAUCAAACUAACCAUUAACAAAAUAAUCUGAAAGUUAAGGUGAUACAGUAGAUAUAGUUGCAUAUUCUGGAAAAAGAGAAACUUUAAAAUAAAGUGUUGUUGCUGCUAUCAAAAGUAAGAAAGAUCAAUUGUUAGUGAAAAAUACAAUGAAUAACAUAGAACCAAUUAAGUUACCAGAAAUAGAAAUGCUUGAUGGUAGUUUAUAUGAAGGGGAAUGGAUGAAAGGAUAGAAAUGGGGAUAGGGAAGAUUAAUUUAUAAGGAUGGUUCAAUUUAUGAAGGUGAAUGGAAAUAAAAUGUAGCAUAAGGUAUUGGAAAGUUAAUUCAUACUGAUGGUGAUACUUAUGAAGGAUAGUGGGUAAAUGAUAGAGCUAAUGGAUUUGGAAUAUAUAUUCAUUCUAAUGGUGCUGUAUAUAAAGGAUAAUGGAAGGAUGAUUAAUAACAUGGGAAAGGAUCAGAAGUUUGGCCUGAUGGUUCAAAAUAUGAAGGUGAUUACUUUGAAGGUAAAAAAUAAGGAGAUGGAAAGAUCCUCUUUUAUGAUGGAUCAGUUUAUUAAGGUCAAUUUGAAUAAAAUAAUAUUCAUGGUACUGGGAUUUAUACUUGGUUUAAUGGAAAAGUAUAUGAUGGAUAAUGGAUACAAAAUAAAAUGAAUGGAAAGGGUACUUUAAGAUGGCCUGAUGGUAAGAAAUAUGUGGGAGAAUAUUAGAAUGAUAUUAAACAUGGUUAUGGAAUUUAUUAUUGGGAAGAUGGUAGAGUUUAUGAUGGAAUGUGGAUAGAUGGUUAAUAACAUGGAGAAGGGAUAUAUAUAGAUACUAAUGGAAUUAAAAAGAAAGGAAUUUGGGAAGGUGGAAGAAGAGUUAAAUGGGUAUGA